UUACAGGAAACGAAUGAUCCAAUGAUGUGAAUCAACUUUGAAUUGCUUGGCUUAGUCAGCAAUAAAUGCAAAAGGCUGCCAAUAGCACAUACAAACUCACAAUUUAUUUCAAUUGCAGUACCACGAGGAAAUUCGGGGAAAUCUACGCCAUACAGCAAUCAAUAUAAUGACGGGGAGAGGGGUAAGUAUCCUCGCUUGCUGCCUGGUUGUUGAAAGCGACAAACGAACGUUUACAUGUAUAAAGGCGCGCGCAACAGCCGUCAGAGACAGUUGUUUGUUGCAGCAGCACACCAAAAAUCCAAAAAAAAAGAAACCAACAACAACGUAAACGGUAAAUGUAGUGGCACCUAACUGCAACAGCAGAGAAUGCAAUGCGCCGCCAAUGCACGAGCGAAUACCAAUUAGUAGUGGUAAGCGCGUGCUGCCUAUAAAAUCAGCAACAGUAACAACAACAACAACGUUUACAUGUCAGCGCAACAAGAACUACAUACGUCAGAUAACUGUGCGUUGUGUUGUGUUGUGACCCUCGCGGCAGGACACGGCUGUAAGGCAACAACAACAACAACAACCAGCAAUGAGAAGGCUCCAAGCCAAAUUAGAGCGCAAAUGAGAUGAAAAGGUGAAAACGUUAACUGCGCAGUCGCCAGCAGAUAACAGACGGCGAUGCAACACAGUAACAACAACAACAACGCUUACGUACAAAUACAAAUUACGGUUGCGCAGCCCUUAUAGUCGGUUAAAUGUGCCACUGCGUGCCGUUUUGAUUCAAUGUGCUCCUUUAUAAGUGGGCACAUACGAGUUGGUUCAUAUAUAUUUGUGUGUGUGCGUGUAUUUGUUUAAGGCUAACAGUAUGUUGGCUGUUGUUGUUGUUGCUUUGUCGUGUGCUGCAAUUUGCUUUACUACGAUUUUUUAAGCUUGAAAAUCAACCACUUCAACACCACCAGCACCAAGUCACCACCAAGAGCAUAGAGUAUUUUAUUCUCCACACCAACACACACACACACCAACAAGGCAUGGUACACAGUUGGUAAAUAACUUUACGGCCAUCCCUUUACGUUGGUUGUCAGAAACCACCACCGCCGCUAACACCAACACCAAUACAUGCAACAAUAACAAGAAAAACAGCCAACAACUGACAUACAAUCAGCGUUAAAGAGCCAACCAGCUAACACAGCCACUCUUACCAAUACCAACAGAACUCUCAGCCAGCUUAAAAACAGUCUCAGCCAGCCGAGUAUGCGAUUGGGCUCUGCUCUGGUCGUGGACAGCCAACGAAUGAAGAUUCAGUCAGGUGCCAAGCACCGUGCAACACGGACGUGUGUUCAAGUGGAUUCUCAAAGCAAAAUCAUAAAUAAAAUAAAUGCCAAUACGACAAUACAGUUGAAUAAAGUGCUUUCUUAAUCAAAAAUCGUUAAGUCAGAAUUCGCAGAGACUCGGCGUGUGAAAGUCGAAGAGAAAUCAAAGACUGCGGCCUUGAUAUAGACACAGUUCGUGUGUGCAACAGCUAAAUACAUACAAGUGAUUUAAGACGAAAAAGAAAAAAAAUAAAAAAUAUAGUAUUUAAAAAAUAUAACUGUUCUUGUUUGCUGAAUUAUUGCUGAAAUUAUUGUGUUAAAUAAUUAACUCGGAAUUUCGACAGCGCCUAAAACCUGUGCAAACAAUCGGUGAACAAAUCAGUAUCGUGUUACAAAAUAAAUUUUAUAAAACGCACAAGAUUAUCAAAAAAAUAUAGACAAAAUGAAUCACCUGUCUCCACCGUUAACGCCGCAUUCGCAAAAGCCCACACAGUCGCCUUCGUUGGGCGGCUUUGCCAAUUCCGCGUUGGAUGUGAAUCUCGGCUCCACAAAGAAUUGGAUACAGAAUGCCUCGGCAUUUAAUUCCGUUAUCGCAUCGGCGCAGAAAUUGAAUAAUCUUCCGUUCCCCUACAACUCGCUCUUCUACUCCAGCGUUUUGUGGCCACAAUUUCUGCUCUCCUCCACAACAUCAGCGCUGGGCACGCCCACCACACCAAAUACACCACACUCGCCCCCAUUGUUUCUCAACAGCCGCGAUUAUUCGCUCACACCCGAAAAGGAUCAGGAAAACGCACAGUUACCGCCACAACAGGAUGUCAACAGCAACGGCGAGGACAUGCCGUUGAAUCUUUCACUGAAACAGACGAAGAAGUUGACGCGCUUCCACCAACAUGCGGACCAAAAGGAUGAAAGCAGCGAAUCUGAGCUAAACGCUUGCACGCCAGUGAGCGUUGACAUCGUAAGCACGCCACCGCCACUGCGCGCUGUCAAUCUCAAAAUCAAUGCAUCAGGCGCCGCCAAUGAGCAAAUCGCACUCAACAAAUUGGAGUCGCGUUCACCCACAAAGCGGCGCUCACACGGCUCGAUCAUCUGGUCGCCGGCGAGUAUGUGCGAGAAGGCGGAAGCGAGCGACUGCGCAGUGCCCAAUGCGGAAUUUGGUAGCGCAUAUGCCGUCGAUCCGAUCGUGCGCAAAUUCAAGUACGAGCGCCGCGCCAGCUAUCCGCGCCGUUCGUUGGGCGCUGCUGUGAUCGGUGAUGGCGCGCUGCAAUCGCCACUCUCCUCCACCACCGCUUUGGCCACACAAUUCAAUGCUGCCGCCGUCGCUGCAGCGGCUCGUGCGCAGGAACUGAAGGCGGCCAAUUUGGAAUUGGAAGUCGCACAGCAGCAAAUCUAUGCGCAUCGCACCGCCUUCAUGGCCGGCCUGGCGACGGGCAACAACUUCGAAAUGCUGCAAGCACAUCUCAAGCAGUUGCAAAGUCGCGCUGAUGCCUUUGUGCAAAAUAACAAUAACAACAACAACGAGAAUUCCAUGCUCAGUCGAAAUGCCAGUCGCCUGGGAAGAGGCGGCAGCUACGACAGCCACGACGAGGACCGUAUGGAGCGCAUGAAAACGGAAGAAGAUGCGGAUAUGACUGAGGAAGCGAUCCGUUACUCACCAAAUAAUUCGGCUAUAACGCAUGAGCAGCAUCAGCAUCACCAACAACAGUUGCAACAUUAUGUUGCACAACAACAACACCAACAUCCGGACUCGACCGCGAUCAUUAGCGCAGCAGAUGUUCACCAUCGCUCAUACAGUUGCAGCAGCGAGGGCGAGAGUGAGAAGCGGGGCACACGCAACUUUCAGUGCAAACAAUGUGGCAAAUCCUUUAAGCGUUCAUCAACAUUGUCUACACAUUUAUUGAUUCACAGCGACACCAGACCUUAUCCAUGUCAAUAUUGCGGCAAGCGUUUCCAUCAAAAAUCCGAUAUGAAGAAGCAUACAUACAUACAUACAGGUGAAAAGCCGCACAAAUGCACCGUUUGUCUGAAAGCUUUCAGCCAAAGCUCCAAUCUCAUCACACACAUGCGCAAGCACACCGGCUACAAGCCUUUCGGCUGUGGGCUCUGCGAUCAAUCGUUCCAGCGCAAGGUCGAUCUGCGGCGUCAUCGUGAGAGUCGGCAUGAGGAGACACUAGCGCCAGUGAAAAUGGAGGUGAGCAGCAGCAGUUGCUGAAGUCACGCCUAUGGACCAUUAGCGGUCCAGCGCUAUAACGAGACUGCUAGUUUUGUGUUUGCGGCGCAGCGUUAUCCGUUAUGGAUCGGUUAGUUGUGUGUGAGCGCGUAUUUAAAGCAAUCUCCUGCAUAAUUGAGUCCGAUUCAUAUACUCGUGUGUAUUCGUGUGGCAUUUAUGUGAACCUGUGAAUAAUUAUAAUAUUUAAUAAUUGAAAUUGACGUCAAUUAGUUUUCGUGCACACGUCAAGUAUUGUGUGGUCCCAGUUGGUCUGUUAAAAUGCUAAGUCGUCUAAGCCAAAGUUUUGUACACACAAAUUUAUUUCUUAAGUCGUUACGGUAAAUAUAAGAUUUAUUUAAGUCAUAUUUGUAUUAAGCAUUCGCAGUGCAGCCAGUGUAUGCCAGUGUCGGUGUGUUUCUAUAGCCUUUGAUAAACUAAAUAUUUAAGUGUUAAGCAUAAGUAUUAGAAAAAAUAGCAUUUAAGGUAGUAAUUAGCGUUAAAGAAAUUGUUUCAGUUUCAAAGCAUUGUUAACUUGAAUAUUUUGCUCACUUAUUGUUGCUCAAAUUAUUAAAAAUAUACAUAUGAAUCAAGUACUAGUAAUAACUGUAAAUACAAUUUUGUAGCAUUUCGGACAUUUUUACAACAUUUGGCCUUAAAUACUUUAGAAAAAAAAAUUAUGUAAUGUUAAAACAAAAUUUUGUUACUUACAUCACAGCUAAAUAUACCAAAGAAUGUAUUUAAUUAUUUAAGUUGGAGUAAAUAAUUU